GCUUUUAAUUCGACAGGAACCGACGGUCAAAGCGGACGCGUGCUGUUGACGUCUCCGUGUCGCUGCGUGCGCCUCUAACGUUGGCCAAAGAAGUGAAAGAGAAGCAAACCGUGUGUGUGUGUAUGUGUGCGCGUACAACGGAUGUUGGCAGUGAGGAAGAAGAAGUGGCGUUUUGAAGCAGCAGUGUUUAUGAAAGCAUUCAGUAGUGUACGCAACACGUUCUACACAGCUCCGGAAAUUGAACUUUAAUUGGCGAAUAUUCAUUGAAAAGUACAAGCAGUUCGGAAAAAAUCAAAUCAAUUUCCAUCUCAUCGUUCCGCUGGCAAAACCCCGCGUCCAAACGGCGGCGUGAAGAGAGAUCCUUAGCAUAGGGGAGCAGACACCCAAGCGCCGUCACCGUGGCGUCCGACGACGGCGAGGAGAUGGGCGAGGUCGGUGCGAAUGCAACGGAAUCGACUGCACCACCACCACCACCGGCAGCAGACAGCAACAGCAACAGCAGCAGCAGCACCAGCACCAGCGAGCCAAAGGAGAAUGGGGAAGUGAACGGUACGGCGACGGACAAGACUGCCGUCACCGAUAAUGCAGCCGUAGCGGAGGAAGACAACGACGACGAGGAGGAGCUGCUGCACGAGGAAGCAGACAAAAAUGGCACAAACAGUGAGGCUGCGAACGGUGAAAAGUCAGCAACAGAGCCGCUGGCGAACAGUGAUGUAGCGCCAUCUGGGGAGAAAAAGUUGCACAACAACGCUGCCGACAGCUUGGGCAAAAAGGAAGCGGCAGAGCCAACAGAGAGCAGUAGUGACGCGACCGAUCCAAGUAGCCGAAGUGGUGGCGAAGGUGACGCGACAGAACCGUCGAAGCAGGCGACGGAAGAGAAGAAGCUCUCCACGAGCAGGGAGUCGGACGAGAUCGAAACCAUGGAUGUGGACGAAGAGGAAGAGGACGGUGACGUUGUUGCGGUGGACGCUGAGAACGGCACAGCAAACGGUUCGGCUGGCGGGGAUGAAGAACCACCGGUGGUCGCCGCUAAGCAGCAGCAGCAGCAAGUGACGGAGGUCGACGAUGAUGAGCCGAUGGAGGUGGACGGUGGGGGUGAGCAGGAUGCGGCUGCCGCAGCCCCGACCAACGGGCACAAGGAAUCGAACGCCGACGAGGAUGGUGCGACCGUGCGGUCGGAAAAGCUUACCAGCAGUAAAACUGCAGCGGAAAAGGAUAAGAGCGAACCACCGACGCAUCCAGCAUCAAAGCAACCGGCGGAUGACGAUGCGGAGGAGGAAGAGGAGGAUGACGACAAACCGGUCAGUAUUAAUUCCGACUCCGAGGGUGAGGAAUCGCCCCAAAAGCGAGACAGCGGCGAACCGGUGGCAGCGGCGGACAAAGCAACCAAGCCAGCGACCAACAGUAAGCUAAUCCUGGUGGACGAGGGCGGUUUGGCGAAGCUGAACGAGGCUGUGCCCGCCGCAGCAGCUGCAACCGUUGUCGGGGGAGUUGCGAGCGCUGGUAAGAAGAGUGACACUGUACCUAGCAACGGGGUGGUGGUGGAUGGAGCGGCAGCGACGGCCACUCGUACCCAGAACGGUGACUGUGAUGGGGAUCUAACGAUCCUGAGCGACAAGGAGGACGACUGCGUGGUGAUUGAGGACGAUGACGGCGAGUCGGAUGCUUCCGUGCCGGCCGUCCCCGCGAACAACGCGCGGCGAAGCGGCAGUAUACGAGCGACGGGUGGGCGAAAGUCGGACGGUGGUGUUGGUGGUGGAGCUGCGUCAUUAAUGACGGGGUCAGCAAUCAAUCCGCUUGCCGCGGCCGCCGCCGCGUUGCAGCAGCAGCAGCUGAACCAGAGCAUCGUCUCGUCCAUGGAUGACGACGACGAGGACGAGGACGACGAUGAUGAUGAUAUAGAGGAAAUCAUCGACGAUCCGCUGGCGUUGGGAACGCAGGCGACCAACUUGAGCAUGGGCGGGCGCGGCUACCAACCGAACACGCCGGUCAACCUCAAGGGACAGAAAUCGCUGCUAAUGAACAAUGCUGCUGGUGGUGCCGCCGGUGGUAAGGAGCCAACGCUGGUGAUAAUCGAUACCAACACAAUGAUGAACAAUGGCGGUGGCGCGCAACGCGGUGCGACGAAUCUGGCCUCUGCCGGGGUGACGUCGCCGAACGUGAACAGCAACGCGGCCAAUCUGCUCGCGAAGGCAAGCAGCGCCGGCAUCCUGGCGAACGCGAGCGCCAGCCCGGGCGCACAGUUUAACUCCCGCAGCCUGCUCAACUCGCCCGGCGUCGUUGGCAACUCGCCGGUGGCCGCCGCCGCCGGUGCUGCAAUGCUAAACCAGGGCGGUAUGCUCGGUAAGAAUGCGGCCGCCGGCUCAGCGCUGGCCCCGGUGACGCCGCUCCUGCCCGCCCUUACCGACGACAUGUUCGUGCUGGAGGCGCCGUCCUUUAUCGUGCCGUACAUCUACGAGAAGCCGCCCGCGGACAAUCUGCGUGACAUCGUCGACGAGCUGGAGGUCACGAUCAAGGAGAUGCGCAAGAAGCUCGAAGAGUCCGGUGCGGUACCGCCAGCCGCCAGCAAGCAGCAGGGCGGCGACACCGCCGAACAGGUCAAGGAGGACGGUGCGAAGAACGCGGCAACCGCGGCAGCAGCAGCAGCGGCGGCGGCCUCGCUCUACGGCGACAAGGAGUCGGACAAGAGCAAAAACAACAAGAAGCGAAAGCGCAACAACGACGACGACGACGACUGGGACGAGCUGGAAACGUCCACCGACGACGAGGCGUCGGACGAGGAGCAGAAGACGAAGGUGCUGAUCAAGGAGGCGAGGGCGGACAUCGAGGCGAUCAAGGAGCACAUCAUCUCGCCGUCGGACAAGGACGAUCUGACCGGGGUCGGCGGCGGCGGCGGCAGCAGCGGCGGCGCCAACGGGAGCGAUCCGAAGAAGUCGGAAAACUACUUCGAAAACCCGCUCGGCAAGUUCUUCAUGAACAUCGGCAUCAAUCUGGUGCAGGAGUUCGUGCAGACGGAUCUGCUGCGGCAGCAGAAGCGCAAGCGCGACCGGGAGGGCAAACCGUCGCCGAGCACGCAGCUCGCCAUCAACUCGCUGAUGAAGAAUCUCGAGCAGAGCAAGGAGAACAACAAACCGUACAAGUUCGAGAUGAAGCGGUGCGAGUACUGCCCGUUCAAGUCGGAGUCGGCGCUGGUGAUGGCGCACCACUACGAGACGCCCCACAUGCGCAACUUCAUCUACAAGUGUAACUUCUGCGCGUACGAGACGCGCCCACCGCACGACAUCCUGUACCACAUGGAGGCGGUGCACAACAUCAAGGGGCGGAUGGAGAAGGCGCUCUCCUACCACCACUGCCCGAACUGUCCGUUCGAGGACAACGGGAAGUCGAAGCUGGCCCGCCAUGCGGUCGCCUGCGCGAAGAAGUUCCGGCCCGAGCUGAACCUGAACCCGCCGAUGGACUGGGAACCGCCGGCAAAGAUACCGCGCAUCAAGCCGAAGCACGGUCUCGUCGGUACGGCAACGGCCUAUCAGGCCAUGACCGCACAGCAGCAGAAAAACAUUGCCCUUGCCAAUCAGCAGCGCCUCAACCAGCAGCAGGUCGCGUCGUCGGCGGUUCACCUGCAGCAGCAGCAGCACCUCAGCCAGCUGCAGCAGCAGCAGCUGGUCGGCCAGCAGCAUCUCGGGCUGGCCGGCACGAAUGCGGCCGCCGCCACGCUCAACAAUGUCGCGCUGGCGAACCUGUCGCCCGCCGCCCAAGCCGUCGCCAUACGGGCCCGUGCGGCUGCGGCCGGUCUCGGCGGCGCUGGCAGCGGCGGUGUCGGCGGUCUCGGAGCCGGCGGUGCUGGUGGUGGCCGUGCCCCUGCCAUCAUCCCGUCGCCCACGGGCAUUACGGGUGCCGGCAGCGGGGUGCGAGGGGCCGGUGCCGUGGCGGGCCUGGGCGCUGGCCUGAAUGCGACCGCGCUCGCUGCGUCGGCCGCCGCCAUCCGGAACACGCUCGCCGGAGCAGGAAUGGUAAUACCCAAUAACCUUCAGCUAUCGGCAUCGGCGUUAGCCGCUGCUGCCGCUGCGGGAGGAUUUAGUAAAUAUCUGCCGAAAUCAAUCAACAACGCCGGACGAUCACUUCUAACCAAUUCCAAUGCGUCCAUCACAAUUCAGAAUGCGUCCAGUAUGAAGGCGACCAAGACGGCCCAGGCGCCGAGCAUCUCGAUUACGCCCCUGCCGCGCCAGUCCGCCUCGAACAGCAGCAGUGCGGCGGCCAACAUGUCCAACAUUGCCGGCGCCCUGUCGAAGCUGCAGGCCCAGGGUACGUCCGCGGUCAAGCCCGGGCAAAACCCGAGCGGCGGCAAGAUGGCGUUCGUGGUGUGCGAGAUCUGCGACGGCUACAUCAAGGAUCUGGACCAGCUGCGCAACCACAUGCAGUGGAUACACAAAGUGAAGAUUCACCCGAAGAUGAUCUACAACCGACCGCCACUGAAUUGCCAAAAGUGUCAGUACCGGUUUUUCACCGACCAGGGCCUGGAGCGGCAUCUGUUAGGCUCGCACGGCUUGGUGACGAGCUCGAUGCAGGAGGCCGCCAACAAGGGCAAGGAUGCUGGCCGCUGUCCAGUCUGUGGACGGGUGUACCAGUGGAAGCUGCUUAAUCACGUGUCCCGCGAUCACAACAUGACCCUGAAACCUGCCCAUCUCUCGUACAAAUGUACCGUCUGCACGGCCACGUUCGGCAUGUACAAGCAGUUCGAAAGCCACGUCUACUCCGCGCACAGUACGGUCGCGAAAAAGACGGGCGAAGGCAAGGGCAGCAAGGGUGGCGGUGGUGGUGGUGGUGGCAUGGGACAGCAGCAGACCUCAUCCGGUAUGGGUGGCAGUGGUGGAUCUUCAUCUUCGGGCGGCGCCGGCGGACUGCGGAAUCCGUUCGUGGGCGGUGGCGAUUCGCUGCUGAAGCCGCUCAAGAUUAACGACGAAAUCACGAUCAUCCCGCAGCCGACCUCCAACAGCAAGAUGGCGAAAACGAUCGAGCUGGAAAGUCACGUCAUAGAUUAAACAUGACGAUAAAAGCAUAAGGUGAGCCCCUUUUAAGCCACACACACACACACACUACGACUGCCGAGGAUUUGGACGUUGGAGGCCACGUGUAGAUGAUGAACCGAUAUCUGGUGGUCGACAGACAGAGUGACAGAGCGAGACAGAGGACAUUCAGGGAGGGCAAAUGAAACUCCUUCUAAUCUUAUCCUUUGAUACUCCCCAUUACCAACGGCCGCCACUACUUGGGUUGUGGUUUCCAAUGCAUAAUCCAUUGCCAUCGCCACCCCCCAGUCCCACACACGUACACACCACGGAUAACGGGAUUGUACGGGAUUUGGGGGUGUGACGGUGGUGGUGUGGAUGGAAACACUGGUGUGUAAGCAUCGCACCUUCGGCGUUAAUUGUGCAACUCCGGGGGUUGCGAACCGGUAUGAAAAAGCGGAAUUUUACUGUCCAUUAUUUUCUUUCUACUACAUACACAGUUUCAUUUAGGUAAUUUAAAAAUAAAGUAAUAUUAAAGCAGCAGAAGCAGGAUCAGAGAGUGCAGAGAGAGAGCAGAGAGAAUGCAGAGAGAGAAAGAGCAGAGAGAAUGCAAAGCUCUCUCUUUAGGGCUAGAAGGCGACUAAGCGCGCGUUGUAAAGAAAGGGAAGAAGCAAAGCAGGAAAAAAAAGAAAACCUAUGUAACAAAUUCGAAAUUAAAUCAUGUAUAGAGUUAAUAACCAACAGCAAAUGGAUUGUUUUUUUUUAUCGUCUUCGUCUCCCGUUUUCCCUCUUUUUUCUUUUUUAUAAAUAUUUGAACUUUUGCGUUUUUGUACUCGGGAGGACAAGUCUUUGGACGUCUUCGAUGCUGUAGGCGCUUGUGUAUUAGCUUAUUUGUAAUUUACUUUUAAAGUUUACUCCUCUUCUUCUAUCAAUCCUUCGCUCCUCCUCCUAAGAAUCGUAAAGACACACCGGCAGUAAUGCUUUUCUGGCUCAGUUCUUCGACUAUCACCACGCUUCCACGAUGGCAAUUGUGAGCAAAAAAAAGUUCCUAGGGAUUUUUUCUUCUUUUUUUGCUUCCCAUUAUCGAGGAAGCUUCGCUGCACACGCUUCCCUAAUAACACACGACCAUUUUGCGGGAGCUUGAAGGAUGUUGUACAACGAGCAAAAGCCAGUGUAGUGUAUGUAUAGCAGUCAAAUCUUACCUACCGAUACGAAAGUGGGAAGUGCAUAGUCCACACCGUGAUCAGUUACCGUUGUGUUGUGCGAUUGCGUUGUGUUUGUGAGUGUGAUUCAUGGUUUUAUAACUUUAUAAAAAUUUGCAGACAACUCACGCGUUAAAACAACAACCCCUACUACUAACCCAAGCAGCAGAAGCAAGGCUAAUAUUGUUAGCGUCUUGGCAAACUCUAACAAACAACAGACACAAAAAACACAGCAGAAGUGUGUAGUGUAUAAUGGGAGAAGAAUAGGUUUAGGUUAACGAGUCACACUCAAUCAGCUAAAUCCGGUUUGGAUGUGACGAAAAACAGAGUUAGUGUUUACUAUAGGGUAAAGUCGGCAGUAGUAGCAGCAGCAGGCAGUAAAACUCUCACACAGCGAGAGCAGAAAGCUUUUCAUUUAUCGAUGCAAAUUAAGGUUUGCAGGGAAGAGAGAGAGAGAGAGAGAGAGAGGGAAAAGACAAAAAGCAAUUGUAAAAAAAUCUCCUCUAAAACUAUCUAACUCACGUGCGUGUUUGCUUGAGUUUAAAUGCUAAAAGACACUUGUAAGAAGUUAAAGCACGAUGAAAAGAUGGAACUAGCAUCAUUGAAAUGAAGAACUAACUCAUAAAAAAAACAAAAUAAAAGAAAAUAAAGAAAGAAAAAAGAAACAAAGAAAAACAUCAACUCUUUCCCAAUAAGAUACGAGGACGACACAAACACACAGAUUCUUUAUAAUCUAAAUAAACAGAGCAGAUAAUAAUUGAA